AGGCAGCCCUCCCCACUGCGUCCUAGAUAAUUAUUAAAUCGCCACGCGGGGAGGGCAAGGCAAGGGAUAAAGGGGGCUUGGGUGCGAGGCGAGAGGCAGCCAGGCGCUCAGUCAGAGCCGCACCUCUCCUGCCCCUCAGCAUCCCUCCCUCUGAGCAGCCGACAGCAUGCCUCUCGCUGCCGCCGCCGCCGCCACGUCGGGGCUGCCUCUUCUCGCCCUGGCGCUGUUCUGCCGCCCGCUGCUCGGGGAGCCGGGCGAGGGCAAGGGCACUUGGUCCCGCUUCGCGCGCCUGCCCUACCCGGACGACGGCCUCUUCCUUUACGACAGGUUCCCCGAGACCUUCCUGUGGGGGGCCGGCAGCGCAGCGCACCAGGUGGAAGGCGCCUGGAACCAGGACGGCAAAGGGCCCUCGGUGUGGGACGCCUUCGCGCACCGCGCUGCUGCCGCCGCGGAGCCGCAGACGCCGUCGGCGCGCGCCCCGGCGGGGGACGUGGCUGCCGACAGCUACCACCACGUCGAGCGCGACCUCGAAGCGCUGAGCCUCUUGGGGGUCUCCCACUACCGCUUCUCGCUGGCCUGGGCGCGCCUCCUGCCCAACGGCACCGCGCCCCUCAACCCUGCGGGCCUGCGCUAUUACGCGCGGCUCCUCGCCGGCCUGCAGCAGCGCGGCGUGAAGCCGGUGGUCACGCUCUACCACUGGGACCUGCCCCAGCACCUGCAGGAGCUCUAUGGCGGCUGGCAGAACCCGGCUCUGGUCGAGCUCUUCCGCGACUACGCCGAGCUCUGCUUCAGGCACUUCGGCGACCACGUGCGCUACUGGCUCACUAUGGACAGCCCUUACCUCUUGGCCUGGCACGGCUACGCCACGGGCAGGCUGCCCCCUGGCGUGCAGGGCGGGCGGGAGGUGGGCUACCAGGUGGCGCACAACCUCCUCAAGGCCCAUGCCAAAGUCUGGCAUCUUUACAACGAUCAUUUCCGUCCUACUCAAAGAGGUCAAAUCUCCAUUGCCUUAAGUUCUCACUGGAUAAAACCUCGACGUAUGACUGAAAACGAUAUACAAGAAUGUCAGAAAUCUCUAGAUUUUGUGCUAGGCUGGUUUGCAAAACCUAUAUUUAUUGAUGGAGACUACCCCCAGAGCAUGAAGAGUAAUCUUUCCUCCAUGCUGCCAGAGUUCACUGAAGCAGAAAAGAAGCUCAUCAGGGGGACAGCUGACUUCUUUGCUCUUUGUUUUGGACCCACAUUGAGUUAUGAUCUUGUGGAUCCUGACAUGAAAUUCCAGCAGUCAGAAGGACUAAAUCUAAGGCAGAUCCUUUACUGGAUAAGCAGUGAAUAUAACAAACCUCAGAUCUUUGUUGUGGAGGGCAGCUGGUUUGUUUCUGGCAGGGUCGAGAGGCAUGACUCCAAGUAUGUGAACUAUCUUAAAUAUUUAAUUACGGACACUUUAAAAGCUAUCAGAUAUGAUGGAGUUACUGUCAUUGGGUACACGGCUUGGUCUCUCAUGGAUGGCUUCGAAUGGCUCAAAGGCUACAAUAUUCGCCGGGGUUUAUUUUACGUUGACUUUCGCAGUCAUGAAAAAAAAUUGUUGCCAAAAUCUUCAGCAUUUUUCUACCAAAAGCUUAUAUUGAAAAACGGCUUCCCCCCAGUACCAGAAAACGAGCCUGUAGAAGGGACUUUCCCUUGUAAUUUUGCUUGGGGAGUUACUGAAAAUCGACUUCAGACAGAUACAACACAAUCCCAGUUCCGUGACUCUAAUAUUUAUGUUUGGGAUGUCCAUCAAACCAAGAAGCUCAUUAAAGUUGAUGGAGUUAGUGCCUUAAAACGCAAGCCUCACUGUGUUGAUUUUGCUGCUAUCCGGCGCCAGAUCUCUUUACUGCAGGACAUGCACAUCACACACUUUCAUUUUUCGCUGAUGUGGCAUUUAAUUCUCCCUCAAGGCAAUGGGACUGAAAUUAACCACACACUUCUGUUUUACUAUCAAUGUUUUGUGAGUGAACUUCUCAGAGUUAAUAUAACGCCUGUUGUUACUUUAUGGCAACCCCUGGCUGAGCAUCAAGGGCUUCCUCUUUCUUUAGCACAGCAUGGAGGAUGGGAGAACCCACGGACUGUAAAGGCCUUUGUUGAGUAUGCUAGGCUUUGCUUUAAAAAGCUUGGCCAGCAUGUCAAAUUUUGGAUCACAAUGGAUGAACCCAAGGUGGAGAAACUGACAUACAAAGCAGUGCAUAAUCUACUGAGGGCCCAUGCCAAAGCAUGGCAUCUAUAUGAUAAACAAUUCAGAAAGACUCAGAAAGGUAAAAUAUCUAUUGCCUUGCAGGCUGACUGGGUUGAGCCAGCAUCCUCCUUUUUUCAAACUGAUGAAAAUACAGCCAGACGAGUUCUUGAAUUUUACAUUGGAUUGCUUGCUGAGCCAAUCUUUGGAAGUGGUGACUAUCCAGAUGUAAUGAGACAGUGGCUUCACCAAAGAAACAUGGUAGAUCUUCAUGAUUUCCAAUUACCUUAUUUCUCAGAAGUGGAAAGACAGCUUAUCCGUGGUUCAUUUGACUUCUUUGCCUUAAGUCACUACAAUACAAUGCUUGUGGACUCAGAAAUUCAAGACAGUGCAACAUAUGAUUACCGGCUUCAUGCCCAAAGGUAUAUAGAUAUUACUUGGCUAAAAUCAGCCAGAAGAACUCCAGUGGUGCCUUGGGGGUUGCGCAAGAUUCUCAGUUGGGUUAAGAAUAGGUAUGGUGAUAUCCCAAUUUAUAUCAUUGCCAGUGGAAUCGACGAUGAUCAGAAUCAAGACAAGUUGAGAAUAUAUUACCUAGAGAAUUAUAUUAAUGAAGCAUUAAAAGCCUAUACCUUGGAUAAUGUCAACCUCUGUGGCUAUUUUGUCUAUUCUUUGAGUGAUAGGAGUGAUUCUAGAUCAUACGGCCUUUAUCAUUAUGCUCUGAACAAGUAUGAGGCAAAGGCCUCCAUGCAGCAUUAUAGACAGAUAAUUGACAAUAACACCUUCCCUGGCCCAGAAAACCCUGACCUGCUUUGCCUUGAGGAACUUGACCUCUGCCCUGAAUGUGGUUCCUCCCAACCCAGAAGAUCUUUGCUUGCAUUCAUAGCUUUUAUAUCAUUUGCUGUUAUUGUUACUGUAUUUCUGAUUGUGAACGACUCCAGGAGAAUUAAUAGAAGGUCUAAAUAGUAUUUGCCUGUUGCUUUUUGCACUUUUGCCUGCAUUACUUGGGAGAGCUGGAAGUUAUUAUACACCACAUUGUGAUUACUGUUGCACUAUGAUGCCAUUUAUGCUGCAGAGCACUAAAAAUGGAAAGGGACUGUGUCCAUGGAGUACAACUCCUUUCUGUGUUAGCACUUUUGGUUUGCAGGAGGUCAUACCUUGCUGGUGGUGUUUGCCCUUCUCCCAGAUAAGUGCCCUGGUCAACAAAAGGAGAUCCGUGGGCAGAAGAAUGCCUUGCUGAUGUAGAUGUUUAUCUGAUUGUGCAUCUAAAACUGCACUGAGAUGCUAAUCUGGUCCUCACUGGACAGAUUGGAUACACGUUUUGGUGAAGAAUGGGGAGACCAUUCCCAUUUGAGGCCCAUAGUUAUGUAUGACUAGAGAUUGAUCACAGUCAGUAUUUUGAUACUUUGGCUUUCUUCUUCUGAUUGUCUGUGGCUCUCAAAAAGCCCCUUUUUCUUUUAAUGUCUCAAAAGUUAUAUAUUGAAGUUAUUCCCACAGAGCCAGACUACAUCUAAUCUUAUGACUCUUACUGGGGCUGACAUGCUUGUUUUUUUUAACUCCAUGAAUAGCUGUGGGAGGGCCCAAUCCAGACUGGAGCCAUUGCAUGGGGGAAAGGAUUCUAAUCUUUUGCUGUGUCAUGAUCCUAAUCUGGAUUGGGCCUUUUGUGCCUGCUGUAUUCUGGGAGGGAAGCUGCCUUGGCAGAGCCCUAAUAACAGGCACACUGUGACAUGUAGUUUGGCCCUCAGGGAUACACUUGUCUUUUGGAUAGAAUGGUUGAGGAUAAGCAUCUGGCUGCCAAAUUCUCAGGAUUAAACAAAGUUUUCUCUCUCAGGCUCUGGACUCUCAGGCUCUGAUCAUACCAACAAUUGAUUCAGUGGCUUCAUACAUUUUUCACACCCAAAGUGAAAAGUCAGACUGAUGGUCCUUGUCUGUGGUGGAGGAAAUAUAAAAGCAAAUUAUAAAGAUGAAUAUUGGAUACAGAAGCAGAGCACUUCCUCUGGUACUCUUAUCUAGACAUUGUGCUGUGGCCAAACCAUCCCUGAAUUAAUUUUUGAGAAGACAACUAAAAUGAAAAUAAGUAAAAUAGAGAACUGCAUUUUCCAAAAGAAAAGUGAGAGUGUUGUGUUCAAAGAGAAGUGGAUCGAGUGAGGAGAUGUGAUUCUGGUCUUGGUUUAAUUUGAUGCUGAUUUGUUGGUAGAAGAGGGGACAGCUGACAGGACCAUGCGACUGCUUGCUUUUCUCUUCUUUUGUUUGCUUGGUGUUACUGCCUUAUUAAUGGGUUGUGACCUGCUGCAUUUUCCUAUAUUGGACCUGAGAGAAUUUCAUUCUGUUAGGAAACCAGUAAAGCAGCUUCUGGCAGUGGGGCUGGUCUCAGACAAUAAGGGUAAGUGACAGUUGAGAAGAUGUAAAAGAUCAUCAGCUUUCAGCAAAGAAGAAAGGUUAGUAAAAGUGUAAGAACUGUUGAAAUGUAUUAAAGUAGAUAAUUAAAGUAAUGGAGAAGCAACCAGCAACUUUAGAUUAUUCAGAAACCCAUUUUUCUAGAGAUAAAUCCAAAUAACUGCUAGCUUUUAAGUUUUAAAAAUGCCCUUUCUGUAUUUCCCCCAGUAACCUUUUGCACAACCUUAGAUAUCUUUUUAAUCUAGCACUAGGCCUGUGCAUGCUCAUAAUGGUCAGAUUCAUUUCAAUCUGACAGGGAGAUUGUUGGAGGGACUGACAUGACCGCCCCUGCCCCCAUGGUGAGGUUUGGUCAAACUGUGUUGAAAUCCAACAGUUUCCCACCAUUCAGUCUGACACCCCUGCCCUUCUCUUGUCUUCCUCUGUCCUUUCCCUGUUCACCUCCCUUGCCUGGAACCUGGUUGGGUGCAAGAAACAGCAGGCACAGUGAGUUUUUCACUCCACUCCCUGCCCAGUGGAGCCAGCCAUGGCUUUUAUUUUAAAAGGAAUCUCUCCUCCACCCCGUAAGCUCCUUAUAGAUCCCCACAGUUGCAGGGGAUUGUGGGGAUCAUAAUUCUUACAAAGGAUGCAGUCAUGGUUGUAAGAAGGCUCAUGCAUUUCAAUGCACAGAAGUUCCUAGCACAUUUUUCUACUAAUGCAGAAAACUUUGAAAGCAAAUAUAGUUGGGCUUAAUGCUGCAGAGAUGUCUUUCCAAGGUUUUUAUUGACAUACAAUGUUAAAAAAUCAUAUGGACAAAUUAAUGGGAAAAUGCAUUCUGAAAUAAUAGGGAAUUUGGUUAAUUGUAUUAAAUGUCAGUCUGUGUGUUAUGUAAAAUUUGUGUGUGAAAUUGGUUGAUUUUUAUUUGGAAAUAAGAAUGUGUUUGUUUCUUCCUAGUACAUAUGUAGAGUAUAAUUAAUAUACCUUUUAGCCCUAGACGCUCAGCAAACCUAUAUGCACUAAUAGUAUGCACAUAUGGUUACAAUAAAUUUAAAAAAAUCUGGAUAGAUGAUAAGCAGCCGUUAGCUAUCUAUCAAUUUUUGCAGAAUAAAUUUUCAUUUUUGUG